AUGGACAAGAUUAAGAAGCAGAGAACAACUAAGAGGUCGGCCACUACACGAAUUGUGAAGGAAGUGGAAACCGAAUUGGAAAAAGAAGAAUCUGAUGAGACCUACGGAGACAUGUCCCUGGUGUACUCAACCCUGCAGAUCUUCCGUCGCGUGGUUGCUCUCCAAAUGAACUACUUGAGUCCAAAUGGUGGGAGGACAGUUAGAGUGAUGGGAUGGAUCUUACGAUUCGUGAAUAACUGCAACAAGGAUGAAACCAAACAUGUGCAAGUAUCAAGGUUGAGUCCAAGUGAACUCAAAGUUGCAGAAUAUCAGAGUCUCCACAAUAUUCAACAAGAGUGUCUUCGUUCUGAUGUUGGGGAAUUAUCGAAGAAACUUUCUGUGGUGGAGAAAAAUGGACUACUGUGUGUGAAGACUCGACUACUAAACAAGGAGAACACUGAUUGCUUUCGAUGUCCCGUGAUUCUACCAAGCGACCACUAUCUCGUGAAGAUGAUGAUUACAGAUCUGCACAAACUUUAUUCUCAUCCUGGCGUGCAGUUUCUAUUGUGCAAAUUAAGAGAGCGAUUUUGGAUCUUGGGAGGAAGAAAAGCAAUCAAGAAAAUUAUCCGUGCAUGUCCAAAUUGUCGUCGACAUGAUGCAAAACCUAUGUGUGUGGAACCUGCUUCCCUCCCAACUAACCGUGUGACACCCGGAGAAGUGUUCGAGACCACUGGAGUGGAUUUGGCUGGCCCAGUCAUCCUGAAGGACGGAAGCAAAAUGUGGAUUGUGCUUUUUACUUGCUCCGUCUACCGUGAUAAUGGGACUAAUUUCGUGGGUGUAGCAAACUUGCUGAAAACUUUGGACUGGGAUGAGCUGCUCCUGAAGUGUGACGUGUUAGCAAUCAAGUGGACCUUGAACCCUCCGUCUGCACCAUGGUGGGGUCGAUGGUGGGAGCGUUUGGUGCGGUCCAUGAAGAAUCAGUUACGGCGUAUGUUGGGAAAGGCUAAAUUGUCGAGUGAAGAGCUGCGCACAAGUUUGUCAGCAGUUCAGGCCACCAUCAACGACCGACCGCUGACCGUGCUGACAGAAGAUUCUGGAGACUUAAUUCCUUUGACUCCAUCCAUGUUUCUGCAUCCCAAUAGGAGUGCCCAUUUCCCAGAAGGAAUAACACUUUGUGAACGUGGACUAGAGGGAACUUACAGGAAGAUGCAAGUUGUGCAAAGUCAACUCCAGCAGCGAUUCAGGACAUUUACAACUACCUUAAAAACAAUGAAGCUUCUGCAAAUUUUAAUUUAA